ACGUUCACCUGAACCCGUCGCCGAGCUCGUAAAGCGUGCACCCGAACCUGUAGCUGAGCAUGAAAAACGUGCACCCGUCUAUGAUCAAUUUGAUUACUCUGGUUCUUAUCUAACGGCACCACCAGCAUACAAACAUUAA